CCACAGUAUAAAGCCGCAGGUUUCUCUGUCUCCUUCCACCUUCAGCCAUUUUGACAAUGUUAGGAGCCGUGGGACGCUGCUGCACCGGGGCUCUGCAGGCUCUCAAGCCUGGGGUCCAGCCCCUGAAGGCUCUCGUUGGAUCCCCAGCCGUUCUUUCACGCAGAGACUAUGCCGCACCCGCCGCUGCUGCCAGCGCCGCCACUGGGCGCAUUGUUGCUGUCAUCGGUGCCGUUGUGGACGUCCAGUUCGACGACGGCCUUCCUCCCAUCCUCAACGCUCUGGAAGUCGCCGGCCGUGACUCCAGGCUAGUCCUGGAGGUGGCUCAGCAUCUUGGGGAGAACACUGUGCGUACCAUCGCUAUGGAUGGUACUGAAGGUCUGGUUCGUGGACAGAAAGUUCUGGACACUGGUGCCCCCAUCAGAAUCCCAGUGGGCCCUGAGACCUUGGGCAGGAUUAUGAAUGUGAUUGGAGAGCCUAUUGAUGAGAGGGGUCCCAUCACCACCAAGCAGACUGCACCUAUUCAUGCUGAAGCCCCUGAGUUCACUGACAUGAGUGUGGAGCAGGAGAUUCUGGUGACUGGAAUCAAGGUGGUGGACCUGCUGGCCCCCUACGCCAAGGGAGGAAAGAUUGGUCUGUUCGGUGGUGCUGGUGUGGGAAAGACUGUGUUGAUCAUGGAGCUGAUCAACAAUGUGGCCAAGGCUCAUGGUGGUUACUCUGUGUUUGCUGGCGUGGGCGAGAGAACCCGUGAGGGAAAUGAUUUGUACCAUGAAAUGAUUGAGUCUGGUGUCAUCAACCUGAAGGACACCACCUCAAAGGUGGCGCUGGUGUACGGACAGAUGAACGAGCCCCCAGGUGCCCGCGCCAGAGUGGCUCUGACUGGAUUGACCGUGGCAGAGUAUUUCCGUGACCAGGAGGGUCAGGAUGUGCUGCUUUUUAUUGAUAACAUCUUCCGCUUCACACAGGCUGGCUCUGAGGUGUCUGCCCUGCUGGGUCGUAUCCCCUCAGCUGUGGGUUACCAGCCCACUUUGGCAACUGACAUGGGCACCAUGCAGGAGAGAAUCACCACCACCAAAAAGGGUUCCAUCACAUCUGUGCAGGCCAUCUAUGUGCCCGCUGAUGAUCUGACUGACCCCGCCCCUGCCACCACCUUUGCUCACUUGGAUGCCACCACUGUGUUGUCCCGUGCCAUCGCUGAGCUGGGUAUCUACCCUGCUGUCGACCCACUGGAUUCAACUUCCCGUAUCAUGGACCCCAACAUUGUCGGAGCUGAGCACUACGAUGUUGCCCGUGGUGUGCAGAAAAUCCUCCAGGAUUACAAAUCACUGCAGGAUAUCAUUGCUAUCCUGGGUAUGGAUGAGUUGUCUGAGGAGGACAAACUCACUGUGGCCCGUGCUCGCAAAAUCCAGCGUUUCCUGUCCCAGCCCUUCCAGGUGGCAGAGGUCUUCACUGGCCACUUGGGCAAACUGGUUCCCCUGAAAGAAACCAUCAAGGGCUUCAAGAGCAUCCUUGCUGGUGAGUACGACCCUCUGCCCGAGCAGGCCUUCUACAUGGUCGGCCCCAUUGAGGAGGUGGUUCAGAAGGCUGAGAAGUUGGCUGAAGAGCAUUCGUAAACAUCUAACCCAACUGUUGGGGGAGAAAAAUGGGAGCAGUGUCCUGCUGUCAGGAGCACUUGGUUUGUAAAACAUGUCAAAAUGCAAAUGUACCUGUUGUCAUUCUAAAAUGAGGUUGUAUUUAAUGUUUCCAAUGGAAGAUGGAAUAAAACACUUUACACAAAGGAA